AUGUAUGACUUUUCCUUCUUUUUUUUUCCUUGUUCUAUCUUAUCCUUCUUCACUAAAUUCUCCUCUCUCUUUCCUCUCUGUAUAUUCUACCUUUACUUCUCUUUCUCUUCUUUUGCGUCACCUCCUCCUCAUCAAUUUUUUUUUUUUUUUUUGAAUGUCCUUUUUCUUCUUCUUUUCAUUCUUCUUUCUUUUCUUCUUCUUUCUCUUUUGUCUCUGCACACUUUUUGCUUCUGUUUAUCCGUCAAAUCUUUCUUCUUUUUUCGCUGUUUUUCAUUUUAUUUCUUGGUGUACGAUUUGACUUUUUCUUCAAACAUCUUCGACUUUAUCUCUUUUUUUUAUCUUUCUUUUUCUUCUUUAUUUUUAUUCAUUUCCUUUUCAUCUGUUUUUCACUUGUUUCUUCUUUCCCUCUUUUUGCUCUUUGUUUCCCCCCCACCAAACAAAGUUCCUUUUUUCUUCAUUGUCACAAACCAACCCUUCUAUGCCCUUAAGAAUUUUAUUUUUCUUAUUUUCUUUGCUCUAUAUCUGUAA